GUCUGAUGAUUAACGGACAGAUCCUGAUGGUUGGUGUCAGCCUCAGACCGAAGGCGGCUCGCUGCCUAAAUGUUUCCUUCCGCCCUCAGUUGGUGAGCCUGCUGCUGAUCGGCGUGGCGGCCUGGGGGAAAUGGUUCGGCCUGGUCUCCAGCAUCAGCGUGGUGGCGGGGGUCAUCGGCGUGGGCGUCUUCCUCCUGGUGGUGGCCUUCGUGGGGCUUUGCGGCGCCCUGAAGCACCAGCAGGUGCUGCUCUUCUUCUACAUGAUGAUCCUGUUUCUAGUUUUCGUCCUGCAGUUCUCCAUCUCCUGCGCCUGCCUGGCUCUGAACAGCGACCAGCAGAACCAGCUGCUGGAGGUCGGCUGGAACAAGUCCGAGACGACCCAAAAGGACGUGGAGAAAACGCUGAACUGCUGUGGCUUCUCCGCCGUUAACCUCAACAGUUCCUGCGCCGCGAAAUGCUCGACCUCCCAUGAGACCUGCAGACCCUGUUCCAGCAUCCUGCAGAGCUACGCCGGCGAGGUGCUGCGCUUCGUGGGCGGCAUCGGCCUCUUCUUCAGCUUCACUGAGGUCCUUGGAGUCUGGCUGACCCAUAAAUACCGGAACCUGAAGGACCCCCGAGCGAACCCCGGAGCCUUCCUGUGACGGUGCUCUGCUGAUGGAUCCGUCAGCCGUCGGUGGUCAGGGAAUCCAGAUGUUGGAGAAUAAACUGCAGGAUGUGAUCAGAACCAUCUAGAGAACCAGGAGUUCUGGUUUUCCUCCUCUAUCAGUUUCUAUUUAAUGAUUCUUAUAAUAUAGUUUUCUGUUGGUGUUUAAGGUGGAAAUGUUGGGAUAACGGCGCCUCUGAGCCUGAAGCAGUGAAAUAUUCUCAUACUCCUAAACUGUGAAUAAAUGAAGUUCUGAA